AUGGCAGCAAUAGUGCGUGUCUUGUCACGCGCCGUGAAUAAACCAUAUAGAACAACACAACUCACCGAUACAACUCCAUAUCUCAACGAAAAUGGCUAUGUCGAUUUUGCACCAGGCGAUAUCGAGAAUCCCCGGAAUUGGUCCGUUGCACGCCGUACCACCAUCACCAUUAGCGCUGUGCUACUAGUCGUGAAUGCAACAUUUGCUUCAAGUUCACCGAGUGGAUGUUUUGAAUCGAUAUCGAAGCAAUUCAAUAUCUCAACUGAAGUCGCCGGCCUCACAAUCACCCUAUUUCUAUUAGGGUACUGCGCCGGCCCAUUAAUCUUCGCCCCAUUAAGUGAAUUCUACGGUCGGCGAUGGAUUUUCUACAUUACUUUCUGCCUUUACAUUGCCUUCAACUUCCUCUGCGCAUUCGCACCAAAUCUAGGAGCCUUACUGGUGGGCAGGUUCUUGACUGGGACAUUUGUGUCGGCGCCACUGAGUAAUAGUCCUGGCGUGCUUGCUGAUCUCUGGGAUCCACUACAGCGUUCGAAUGCCAUGGCUGGAUUCUCGGCGAUGGUGUGGAUCGGUCCUGCGCUUGGACCUGUUGUUGCAGGGUUUCUGGAGUUGAAGGAGGAUUGGAGGUGGAGCUUUUAUGUGUUGCUUUGGUUGGGUGGUGCGACUGCUGUGAUUAUGUUUACUAUCCCGGAGACCUACGCGCCGACUAUUCUGUAUAACAAGGCAAAACGGCUUCGGGCGAAGAAGAUACCGGGGUAUGAAGAUGUGAAGGCUGCAGUCGAGGAUGGGGAUCGGACAUUGCUUGGGAUUUAUAAGGUUGCAUUGACGAGGCCGUGGAUCAUUCUUUUUGAUCCGAUUUCGUUGCUGUGUGCGAUUUAUAUGGCGGUUGUGUACACGUUACUGUAUAUGCUGUUUACCAUCUACCCUAUCGUGUUUCAGGAGAAGCGCGGUUGGAAUUCUGGUGUGGGAGAGUUGCCUUUGGUUGGCACGGUCGUUGGAGCAUUGCUAGGCGCUAGUAUGGUACUGACUGAUACACGAAUCCGUCAACGAAAAAUCAAGACUGGCGAGAGGAAAAUGGAGGAUGCGUCUCCUGAAGAUCGAUUGUUACUUGCGAUGAUUGGAGGUGUGGGCUUUUCUGUUUCGAUGUUUUGGUUCGCGUGGACGGCGGAGUUCAACUCCAUUCAUUGGAUUGUUCCCACGAUCGCCGGCUGCUUCCUUUCUUCUUUUAUGUUGCUUCUUUUUGUAGCAUAUUUGAAUUACCUCGUGGAUGUCUACUUGAUGUACGCAGCGUCCGCAAUUGCGGCGAACACCAUCGCCCGAUCUGCCUGUGGUGCCGCGGCGCCCCUUUUCACACACCAGAUGUUUACCGCGCUGGGCGUCGGUGGAGGAGGGAGCUUGAUAGGCGGUGUAGCUGCAUUGCUGGCCGUGGUUCCAUUCCUAUUCUACAAGUAUGGCAAGCAAAUCAGGAUCAAGAGCAAGUUUGCUCCCACGGCACCGGUCCGACCAAAAGCGGAUGUCGAAAGCAAUCCACAAGGCAUCCAGAGCCCGAUGACAUCUAGUCAAGACGAAGGAAUAGAUCAAGUGGGAGAAAAGUAA